UGAUUCGUUUUUACUUUUGGGACAAGAUCAACGUAAUGAUAAUGUUUAGCACUCAUCGUAAGUGGUGGAAUGCGCUGAAGCAUUUAGAGAAAUGAUUAUUAUUUUUGAGUAUAGCUUACAAUAAAGCACUGACGUCUGUGUCGGGAAUUCUGGACAUUUGUACAGAAGUGAGGACGUCCGGUUCCUAGUGGUCUUUGAUUAUCAUUGCGUUUGGAAUGUCUCAAGAAACAGCUAUAUUUGCAUGUAGAGAGCCUGAUAAUCUACACCUUGAGGUUGCCAAUGCCCUUCUCGGCCUUUAUACAGACGAUGGAUUUAGAAACUUUUCACUUAAUACAAUACCAUGCUUGAAAUCAAAUGACAUUAUUAGGAAUAUCCCCGAACACUAUGACAACAGGGAACAAAGCCAUAUACCUACCGGCACAUGUGUUAUUCCUGAAAAUGGAGGAAAUGUCAUAACUGACAGUGAGCGUAAUCAUGGGGAAAUGUGUCCCUGGAAUUAUGUUAUAGAUUUUGACGAGAAUAGAUACCCUAAAAGACUGGCAAAAGCCGUGUGUCAGUGCGAGCAUUGUCAUAGGGGAUCGUGUCGCCCUAUACAUUCAUAUAUUCCAAUUUUAAGGAAAGAGUGUGAUUUGUAUUCUGGUCAAUAUGUGUUUAACAAGUAUAUAGAAGAAGUGCCUGUUGGUUGUCGAUGUAUUCGUGCAAGGAGGGCAGUUCAAGGAAACGUGUUCAGACAUCGUUUAUUCAGAAUGAUGGAGUAAAUAAAAGAACUUAAAAUUAGGAAUACAAUUUACGAAUUCGAGAUUACACAUUUAUAGAUUCUAGUCAAUCAUGCCAUGAUGUAUGUAUGUU